ACGAAACCUAUCAGGAAAAUUCAUUCUCGACUCUCCGACGACAGCAAUGGCUGCCUUGGCUGCUGUCCUUCCUACUCCUCUCCAUGCCGCCGACGUUUCAGAAGUUGAAGACAACUUUGAGCAAGGAUCCUCACAACCUCAGUCAAAUACCUUGAUCUCACGCAUUCCACGAUAUGGUCACCGAAGAGGGUGGAAACCGAGUGGACCGGAGGACUUCGGCGACGGUGGCGCUUAUCCCGAAUGUCAUGUCGCGCAGUACCCGUUGGAGAUGGGUCGGAAGAAGGCCUCCUCCGGGAACACCCUUGCCCUUCAAGUCGAUAGCGAAGGAAAUGUUCGAUAUGAUGCCAUCGCUCUCCAGGGCCAACGAGAUGGGAAAUAUGUUCAAUCCCAGUUUAAGGACUUGGUGCCCCUUGCGUACCGCAAGGAUUUGGAUGAAUCAGCCCGGAGCAUGGAGCGACCUUCAGAAGAUGAAGUCCAAGCCACGGCUGAUAAGACGAAAGCCGCGCUGGAGAAGCUGGUGAAUGGUAAAAUAAAGGCGGCGCAACCCAAGAAUGUCCCGGACGCGCAGGGCAAGACCAGCUUCAUCCGAUACACUCCUGGUCAACAGAGUGGCGCGGUCGGGCUCAAGCAGCGCAUUAUCAAGAUGACAGAGGUAGUUGAGGAUCCGUUGGAGCCACCGCGGUUCAAGCACAAGAAGAUUCCUAGAGGACCACCGAGUCCCCCACCUCCCGUUCUCCGCAGUCCUCCUCGAAAGGCGACGGCUCAAGAGCAGAAGGAGUGGAUGAUUCCUCCGUGUAUAUCCAAUUGGAAGAACAACAAAGGUUUUACGAUUCCGCUCGAUAAACGAUUGGCUGCCGACGGUCGUGGGCUCCAAGACGUACACAUCAAUGAUAACUUUGCGAAGUUCUCCGAGGCACUCUAUGUGGCAGAUCGACAUGCACGCGAGGAAGUUCGGCAACGAUCCCUCAUGCAACAAAAGCUUGCGCAGAAGGAGAAGGAAGCCAAAGAAGAGAACCUGCGUAUGCUUGCUCAGCGUGCUCGUGAGGAGCGAUCCGGCAUAGCACGACCGACAGCUGCAGCGACAACGGAGAGCAAGGCCGCCAUGAAGUCUUCACUCGCAGUGUACGGAAGUGACAGCGGCAGCGGUAGCGAAUCUGAGGAGAGCGAAGAGGAGGAUGACAAGGAGGCGGCUAAGAUUCGGGACCAGAUGCGUGAGGAGAAGAGGAGAGAACGGGAGCGAGAGAUGCGUAUGAGCAAUAUGGGUCAAGAGCAGAGGGCGAAGAUGCUCGCGCGCCAACAAAAUCGAGACAUCUCAGAAAAGAUCGCCCUCGGUCUUGCCAAGCCUACGCUUUCCAAAGAGUCGAUGCUGGAUUCUCGGUUAUUCAACCAGGAGAGCUUAUCGAACUCGUUCGCCGACGAUGAUGCGUACAAUUUGUACGAUCGACCCUUGUUCCAUGGUUCGACGGCUGCGGCUGCCAUUUACAAGGCGAGGGGCAACAUCACGGAAGGCGACCAAGAAUCGUUUGGCGGAGGCACCGAGGAAGGUAUCGGCAAGGCACUGGACAACGAUCGAUUCGGUCUUGGUCAGGCCCGGUUCGGCUUCGAAGGCGCGCAGGAUCAGGAAGUUCGAGAGGGGCCUGUGCAGUUCGAGAAGGAUACCGGCGACGUGUUCGGUGUGAACCAAUUCCUGGACGAGGCGAAGAGUGGCAGGAAGAGAGGGUUGGAUACUGAAGCUGGGAGCUCCAGGAAGCGUCAACAGGUGGAGCGAGCUACCGAGCGGGACGAUAAGUAGAUUGUGCUUGCUGUCGUUGUAUUCUUAUGUUUAGCUAGUCUACGAGCCCACACCUAGGGCGCUCGUCAAACCGUUUGUGCAUGAAGAGACGAAUGCAGUAUUAUGGAUAACGAACGAAUUCAACGAAAGGAUUAUGGUCGCAUACGACGUGGUUACAUCUAUUCUUGAAGCCAGCCGCCUCGCUAAGGACGUGAUUCGUACGACAUGCAUAUCCCGCACACACAUUCAUCCCUCGCAUCCCGCCUUCCUCGAUUGUGUAGACUCUAGGCCACAAAUCUAUCGCGCCCUAUAUUGGUCUGGCGAUGGUAUGAACCAAUCAAAUACGUGGUCAUUUAGGGUCUGGUAACGUCGGUGGAGGAGAGGGAGGUGGAUGAGGGUUCAUGGCUUUGGGAUGAUAUUUCGAGUCCGGUGGUAUUAUUUGGCCCAUUUCCAGAAGUCUGACCACUGAUUUGCUGGGCUGAGCACCGACGCUCAGCCAGUAUUUGAUACGGUCCACGCUCCAUUCCAUGGUUUUCAUAGUGCGGUCGUUGUUCUCUGCACCGACGCGGUGGUUGUAAAUACCCAAAGUCUCAAGAGGCUUAGCAUCGCGCCUCUUGCGGUGGUCAAUAGCAACCAGACGGAAUAUGCGGUUGUUGCGAUUGCCCUGCAUGGAGAGUCGAAGACGGACAGGCAUGGUGGUGGCGAAGGCAGA